AUGGACUCUAAAACUACCAAAGAUAUCGGAAAGACAACUGAAGAUCAAGGAUCCAUGUCUCAUGUGUCAAAAUAUGAUGAACAAAAUGAUAUAUUUUGCAACAAUACAUUUAUAGUAGUUGAUACAUAUGCAAAUAAUUCUGACUGUCGUAAUAUUGCAUCUUUUAUUGGUUGCGAACUUCCUAGUGAUAGUGAAAAUCCAAAAGAGCUUGAAUUAGACAUAAUAUGGGUUGCAAAAUUUGGUUUCAAUCACAUCAUUAUUAUUGGUGAGAUCGAUUAUAGAAUGAUUUUUUUAGACUAUUAUGGCCACAUAUUUCUUUGGGAUGAUAUAGGCCAAAUGUUGUAG